GCAAGUUCUCAAAGUUACCGCCUAUUUUGUGGUUUUGGUGCGAAGUGCUAUUUUCAUUAUAAACUUUUUACUGAAAAAAAAAGUUUGUAGCGUCGAAAUAGCUUAUUAAAUAGUGAAACACUAGUGAUUUGGCAUUUGUUUCAAACAUAAUUUUAGCGUGCUUGUUUCGAGUAAAAAAGUAUUCGUUUGAUUUAAUUCUACAAUGGAAGCAAAAGCCAAACGUGGACGCCAGCCAAAAAAAGCUGCUGACGCUGAGGCAGUUACGGAGGAAGUAAACAAUGUGGCGGAAUCCGUGAAAAAUGGUAAAAAGAAGGUAGCGACUAAAAGUACCAAAGCCACGAAGGAAGUUGCGGAAUCAGUGGAAGUAACGGAACAACCUGUUGAAGAAAAAAAGAAACCAGGGCGCAAACCCAAGGCAGUUCAAGAUGAAGUGGAAUCCACAGAAGCACCGGAAGAACCUGCUAAGGGACGAAAAGGACGUAAACCAGCAGCCACUAAGGAAGAACCGCUUAUUGAAAGUGAGCCAGCAGCCAAGAAAGGACGCGGUAAAAAAGCUGGAGAAAAGAAUCUGGAAAAGGCUAAUGAAUCGUCAUCCCCAGCGAAGAAAGGAAAAGCACUUGUAGAGAAUGGAAAUACAUCACCGGUUAAGGUUAAGGGCAGAGGUAAGGCCGUCAAAGAAACUGUAGCUGAGCCGGAAGUAGUGGUGCCAGCUAAACGUGGACGUGGUAAAGGAAAAGCGGAAACCAAAGACCAAGAAGAAGAAUCGGUACAAUCCCCAUCGAAAAAAUCCAAGCUAGAAGAAAAAAAAUUACCGUCGAAGAAAUCCAGCCCAAAAAAGACAGCAGAAAUUGAGAGCAACGAAUUGAAAGAAUCUACAGCUGCUAAACCACCUGGUCGAGGACGCAAGCGGGCAGCUACAAAUGAAGAAAAACCUGCAUCGCCUGUCAAGUCACCAUCGGCGCCAGCAAAACGAGGACGUGGUAAAAAAGCGACAGCCGAAGCCGACGGUACAGAUGCACCCGUGAAAAAAACUGCCAAGAAAAGAUCCCAGGAAGCCAAUCAAGCAGAAGCGGAUCCCCUUGCGCCAACCAAUGGAGUUACCCAACGCAAGAAGAAAAAAGACGUGCCACUGGAAAAUGCUGAGGAAUCCGACGACGGUUCGGCUGAACCGAAGACGAAGAAAACUAAAUCCGUGAAGAAACCAGCUUCAGGGGCGCCUAAAAUCAACAAAUCAAAUACCGAUUAUUCGAAACUUAAUUUCGAAUUGGAAGAAGAAAAGGAGUACAAUUUUAAAAUCUCCAGCUGGAACGUGGCCGGUCUGCGAGGAUGGAUCGGCAAGGGCGGCCUGGAAUAUUUCGAGCAUGAGAAGCCUGAUAUUCUGUGUAUUCAGGAAACCAAGUGCUCAGAGGAUCAAUUACCGGAGGAAGCUCGUCACAUCAAAGGUUACCAUCCCUACUGGCUGUGCAAACCGGGGGGCUAUGCAGGAGUCGCCAUUUACUCGAAGAAAAUGCCAAUCAAUGUCGCUUACGGCUUGGGCGACGAUGAACAAGAUGCUGAUGGUCGGUUAUUGACGGCGGAGUACGAAAAGUUCUAUUUGGUCUGCGUAUACGUUCCUAACGCAGGACGGAAGUUGGUUACACUUCCGAAACGCAUGCGAUGGGACGAAAAAUUCCAUAAGUAUUUGCAUGAAUUGGAUUCUAAAAAACCAGUUAUUCUAUGCGGAGACAUGAACGUCGCUCAUGAAGAAAUUGAUUUGGCAAAUCCCAAAACUAACAAGAAGAAUGCCGGUUUUACCCAGGAAGAACGAGACGGAAUGAGCAAACUUCUAUCGCUAGGAUUUGUCGAUACUUUUCGGCAACUUUAUCCGGAACAGAAACGCGCCUACACUUUUUGGACGUACAUGGGAAAUUCUCGCGCAAAGAACGUAGGAUGGCGGCUGGAUUACUUCAUCGCAUCGGAACGGCUUCAGAGAAAGGUUGUCGAUAACGUCAUUCGCUCGGGUGUUUAUGGCAGUGACCAUUGUCCAAUUACGUUGUUCCUCAACAUCUAAAUAAAAACGCAACUACGCCGUAUUGCAAUGUAAUGUUUUUUCGGAAGUCAACAUUAUAGUUUGUAUGAUUUAUGUUACGUUAAAUUUGAAUAAACUGUUUCCCAUGGACCUGUGCUCGAAGAUAAAGCAUUUGAAAUCAUUGAUUGUGUGGAAUAUUAAUAAAUAAACGCU